UUCAAUGACAUCUUAUUAUAUUUAUUAUUUUUCUAGAAAUAUAAUUAAUUACUUAAAAUUACAUUUGUUAUUAUCCUAAUUAAUUUCUGUGGGUUUAAUGGUAAAUCCGUAAUAAUCUCGAUCUCCAGACCCCAUUGUAUUUAACACUCUUAUCAGUAGUACCUUUGUAGUCUCAUAUUCUUCACUUCUCAGUUCUCAUUCUCACACUGCACUGUCUUCACUCUUUACAGAUCUCAUUCUUCUUCUUCUCUUCCGCAUGCACCGACCACCAACAAUGGCGGCCUUCUCGGCGGCGCUUUUAAUCCUCUCCGCCGUUCUCACAACCUCCAUCGCACACAACAUUUCACACAUUCUCUCCCAAAACCCUGAGUUCUCCACCUUCAACCACUACCUAACCCUAACACGCCUCGCUUCCGAAAUCGACCGUCACAACACAAUCACCGUCCUCGCCGUCAACAAUGCCGCCAUGGACGACCUCAUCGCAAAAGACCUCUCGAUCUACACCGUGAAAAACAUCCUCUCCCUCCACGUUCUCGUCGACUACUUCGACGCCAAAAAGCUUCACCAAAUCACAAACGGAACCGCUCUUGUUUCCACAUUGUUCCAAGCCACAGGCUCCGCACCUGGAGCCUCGGGACUAGUCAACAUUACCGAUCUUCGCGGCGGAAAAGUCGGAUUCGGCGCUAAUGACAACGGCGGAACCCUACCUGCUGUCUACGUCAAAUCCGUUAAAGAAAUUCAGUACAACAUUUCGGUUAUUCAGAUUAGUCAAAUUAUUCCAUCGGUAGCAGCGGAAGCUCCUACACCAGCACCUAGCAAACAAAAUCUCACCGCGAUUAUGUCCAAACACGGUUGCAAAAUCUUCGCCGACACUCUUUUUAAUUCGAGUGAAGCUUAUAAUAUUUUCACCGAUAAUAUAGACGGUGGAUUGACUAUUUUCUGUCCCGCCGACGAUGCUUUCAAAGGCUUUCUUCCGAAGUUCAAAAACCUAACCGCCGCCGGUCAAAUCGCUCUCCUCGAAUUUCACGGCGUUCCGAUAUAUCAAUCUAUCGCCAAUCUUAAAUCUAACAAUGGAGUUAUGAACACUCUUGCUACCGAUGGUGCUGAAAAGUACGAUUUCACCGUUCAGAACGACGGUGAUGAGAUCACGUUGAAGACGAAACUUGUAACUGCUAAGAUCACAAACACGAUCCUUGACGAGCAGCCGCUUGCGAUCUAUACUAUUUCUAAGGUUCUUCUUCCAGAGGAAUUGUUUAAGAGUGAAGCUCCGAGUGCUUCUCCGGCACCGGCGCCGGAGCCUACACCUGCUGAUGCUCCCGCUCCUCAGGCGGAUAAGAAGAAGAAAAAGAAGGCUGCCGAUGCGCCGAGUGACGAUAAUUCUGAUACGCCGGCUGAAUCGCCGGGUGAUGCAGCUGAUGAUGAUGCCGACGAUAGCGGCGCCGGUAGGUUUCGCGGUAUAGGAGUUUUGGUUUUGGCUUUGAUUUUCGGAAUUCUAAUGGUGUGAGGUGUAGCAUAAAGUUUAUAAUAUGUUGCUUUUAAUUUAAUUAUCUUAAAUGAUUUCUAGUUUGUUUAGUAAGGGAAUUUAAAACGUUGUUCUUAUUUUUUUGGUUUGGGUUGAAGUAGUGAGGGCGUGGAUUUUUAUUUGAUUUUUUAUUUUGUACUAUUUGACAGUGUUUUAAAUUUAGUGAUGAGGGAGCAUGAAAUGUUGCUCAAGUGUA